UAAAAUUUUUUUCAUAAUAGUUAAUAUUGUGGAUACUUUUAGGAGAUACAAGCCGUGGACUCUCUAUAAAAGAUUGGUUCAUCAAGAAGGAAAAACAAAAGGAACCAAAAUAACAAACCUUAUAAAAAAAUGAAAAACAAAUCAGAGCUUGUGUUCAUGCCAGCCCAAGGAAUGGGCCACAUUGUAUCCAUGGUAGAGUUUGCCAAACGCCAACACGAUCAACACCAACGCUUCUCUAUCACAAUCCUCCUCGUCAAGCCAUUCCACCCUCCCUCCUACAAUCUCUACGUUGAAUCACUCGCCGUCUCCGACACCGGAUUCCGCUACGUCCACCUCCCUCCUCCACUACCUUUGCCACCGCCACCGCAACCGCAACUGCAACCGCCUCCCGAACAACUAGUCCUCACGUCUCCGGAGAAAAAUUUCUCUGAUUUUCUGGAAAGUUAUAAGCAUCAUGUGAGAGACGCAAUCGUCAACCACGUGUUGUCUUCUUCUCCAGCGACGACGAGGCUAGCUGGGUUGGUGGUAGACUUCUUCUACACCCCCACGAUCGACAUUGCCGACGCCGCCCUUACUUUCCUCUUCUUCCCUUCCGGCGCCGCCUUUCUCGGCCUCAUGCUCCACCUCCCAAUCCGCCAUACCGAGCUCACUGUCUCUGAUCCAAACUCGGUCACGCACUUCCCGAGUUAUGCUAACCCUGUCCCUACCUCGGUCCUACCCGCCUUUCUAUUUAACAAGCACGGCGGCUACACCUGCCUUCUCAACCACGCUAGAAGGUUCAGAGAGAAAAAGGGCAUAAUCGUCAAUACCUUCAAAGAGCUCGAAUCCUGUGCGGUGAAGUCUCUUGUAGACUCGACGGAAUCGCCGCCAGUUUACGCCGUCGGACCGUUGCAAGACCUCGCCGGCGAUGCCCGAUCGGGGAGCGAUCGAGAAGAGAUCGUGAAAUGGCUCGACGAACAACCUCCAUCGUCGGUGCCGUUUCUCUGCUUCGGAAGCCUAGGGUCCUUCGGUCCGCCGCAGGUAGCGGAGAUCGCGGCGGCAGUGGAGAAGAGCGGCCACCGGUUCUUGUGGUCCAUACGACGGCCGCCGCCGCAAGGCGUGUUCGAGACGCCGACCGAUUGUGGCGGUGAUUACGACGGAUUUUUGCCUGAAGGGUUUCUGAAACGGAUGGAAAACAGGGGAAUGGUGUGCGGGUGGGCGCCGCAAACAACGGUGCUGGGGCACGCGGCGGUGGGAGGGUUUGUGUCGCACUGCGGGUGGAACUCGAUCUUGGAGAGCUUGUGGGUUGGUGUUCCGAUCGUGACGUGGGCAAUGUAUGCAGAGCAAUUAUCACGGAAGGAAAGGACGUGGUGAACCUACCAAAUUAGGGCAUGGGAAUAUGUUUUCAAAGCACAAGGCUCUUUGUUGUGAUAGUAAUUUUUUGUAAGCCAAGGGCUAAUCAUGUAUGGGUCCAAGAGACCAUUUUGUAUAACCGGGCUUAUGCAUUGGAACUUGUAAGCCCUUGAGGGCCUUUAUUAGUUUUGGUUAAAUGAUUUUACAUGCUCUAGAUUCAUGUACCAAUUUUCAAUGAAUGUAUAAUCGCAUGUGAGAUCACUUGUAUAAACAUUUGAGUUAUGUAAUAGAACAUGUUGAAUAUAUAUA